AUGGGCAACGAUUCUGCGGCAGCGCGGGAUAUGGGCAACAAUAAUCUUGAAGGCAGUGGCAUUUCUUAUAAUCUUCCUCCUAAUCUCCAGAGCUUGAAUGAUGAGGAUCGCUUGAAGAAGCUUAACUCAGAGCAUGGAAACGUCCAGCUUGGAAACAUAACUGUGGAUAUGGUCCUUGGUGGAAUGAGAAGGAUGAUUAUAAUGCUUUGGGAAACAUCCCUACUCGAGCCAGAGGUGUUCAGAAACACAAAUGUAGGUGCUGAAGGCAAGAAGGGCACUAGAGACACCCUUCUAGAGUAUUUCAAAUACCACCUGGAGUGCAGAGCGUUUCAGUUGUAG